AGACCGUUGUCAGAUGUUGAAAUCCUUGUAUUUUGCAUACUAGUGUUCACCUGUCAACCUUGUUUAUAAUUCCUUUGCCAAUUGUUUGCUCGUUUGAUUUGGAAGAAGAAAAAGCGCGUUGUAAUAUCGUAUAAAUUAGCUCCUCGCAUAAAUUAGCUCCGUAGGAUCCGCGAGUAUAAUUUUAGGAUACGAGUGGGUUAAUCUAUUUCUUCUCAUCAAAGCCAAAGACCUCUCGGUGAUCGACUCACUCGCAAUCAUUUAAAUGGGUGAGUGUUGAAGUAAAGCACUGUGUACUUUUGAUUCGAGAUGCGUUUUAUCGUCGCGGUUUUCUUUGUUUUUCUUAAUUUGCUCGUCAACUCACAAGGGCGCACUGAUACAUUACAUAGCUGUGAUUCCAACAAACGUGUACAGGACUUAAACGGCGACUUAGUACUCGGCGGGUUGUUUCCCGUCCAUGUACUAAAAGCGGUCGGAGAUCGGAAAGGUUCUGAUUUGAACUAUUACGCUAUCACUUGGGUGGAAGCGAUGCUUUACGCGUUGAACGAGAUUCGCCACAACUCAUCCAUGUUACAAAAUUACACACUUGGCUUCGACAUCAGAGACUCUUGUAACAAAGUAAGCACGGCAUUAGAAGCCUCGCUGGACUUUCUAUUAGGCGACACCGCAGGAAAAACAUGGAACGCGUCGUGUUUUUGCGAGGGUAGAGGCAUGCCACUAGUGGGAGCUGUUAUUGGCGGAGCUGCCAGCCCCAUAUCUUUAAAUAUCGCUAAUGUUCUUUCAGUGAAUGACAUUCCACAAAUUAGUUAUUCCUCAACGAGUGUUUUGCUGAGCAACAAAGAUGUUUACCCCUCGUUUCUGAGGACUAUUCCGUCGGAUACGUAUCAGGCGAAGGCGAUAGCAGAUUUACUCGCCGCGUUUCAGUGGGCAUACGUCUCAGUGGUCGCCUCCGAUGAUGCGUACGGAAGGGCAGGCAUGGACGCACUCAAAGAAGAACUAAAAAAACGCGAUAUUUGUCUCGCAAUAGACGCUAUAUUCCACCAUGAGAUGUAUAAGAGUGAGCUACACCAGAUCAUAACCUCACUAAAGUCAAAGCCGCGCGCCAAGGUGAUUGUCUUAUGGUGCCAGCGACCGAAUGCGAUCGGGUUUUUGCAGGUAGCAACGGAGCUACAGCUAACCCAGCGGACUUGGAUUGGGACGGAGACAUGGGGAGAUUCAUAUCUACUCGAGUCCCUAAGUCAGGAUAUUGUCGGGGGGCUGGUAGGGGUGGUACCCCAUUUGAUAAAAAAUCCGGGGUUUGAGAGUCACUUAUCUGGGUUAAGCCCGGCUAACUCCGAACGUAACCCGUGGAUGUUCGAGUAUUGGGAACAGGAGUUUAGCUGUCACAAAACGGCAAAUGACAGCUACAUGCUAAACACUGCUAAUUACUUCGUCUACAAAACAAACAGCGACGUUAAUGUAACGAUUGUUUGCGAAAGGACAAAAGGUAAACCAACAACGGAAUUUUUACCGAGGAAUAAGUACACAAAUGUGAUGGACGCGGUGUAUUCAGUAGCGUACGCCGUGCAGGCGCUCCUUAAAGAAAACACAAACUCCUCUAAAAAGACCACCAUCAGUCCUAAACAACUCCUCGGUUACAUAAAGAACACUUCAUUCGCAGGACUGUCAGGUUCUGUUGUGUCGUUUGACAAGAAUGGAGAUCUCAAAUAUGGCUCAUUCUCAAUCAAAAGUUUACAAGUGGAUGCGUCAAAACCUGCAAAGAUGAAGUUCGUCGAGAUUGGAUCAUGGGAGGGUGUCACCGGCGAACUGAAAAUCUUUGACGAAGUGAGCUUUAAGUGGAAUGGCUGGCGUAAUGAGACUCCAGUGUCGCGAUGUAACGAUAUCUGCGCACCUGGUCAGUACCCAGUCAAUGGAAGCACACGAUGCUGCUGGACAUGCGUCCCGUGUCCCGCGGGAUUAAUCAAGCCAUCCCGCGGGCAAGACGGGUGCAAGGGUUGUCCCGAGGGAUACGAAGCUAACGAAAUGCACACGUCGUGUGUUCAGAUAACGGAAGAGUACUUACGCUGGGGAAGCACAUCUGGUAUUAUCGUACUGGUGUUUUCCUCUCUAGGCACGAUGCUCAGCAUUACUGUGAUCACCAUCUUCAUCAAGCACAGGGAGACGGCCGUCGUCAAGGCAUCAAACCGUGAGCUUUCGUUUGUUCAUCUCGCUUGCAUCCUACUGACGUUCACUUUCCCGUUCUCUCUGGUCGGUCGUCCGUCUCGAGUGCAGUGCGGGGUGUGGCCUUUCGUCUUUGCCGUCGUGUUUUGCCUCGGCACGUCCAUCAUGCUGCUCAAGACGGACAGACUCUUACGUGUGUUCCGUGCAAAAGCGAGGCUCACAUCACGCAGUAAUCUAUUGACCAAUAAGAUGCAGUUUUUGACGGCCAGUGCUUUGACGUCAUUCCCUGUCGUCAUGUCAGCUGUUUGGUUUCUGAUUAGCCCACCUGAUGUGACAGUAACACAACAGGGCGCGACACGGCGAGUCAUGUGUGACAAGAACGUAUACACGGUUCAACUAGUCAUCUUGGUCUACAUUCUCGUGUUGGCGCUCGUGUGCACGUAUUUUGCCUACAGGGCACGUACACUCCCGGAAAACUUUAACGAAGCAAAAUUUAUCGGCUUUGCCAUGUUCGCAUUUUGCAUCUCGUGGUUGUGUUAUUUUGCCGCCUCGUAUGGGUCAGCGGCAGUGGAUCGUGUGCUCAUACUCUGUGUGACUAUACUGGCCUCUGGGUUCAUCGUACUUGGUAUGAUGUACUUUCCGAAAGUGCAAAUUAUCGUGUUUUACCCAAGUCGAAACCGGACAGAUAUCUUCCGAAUAAACGCUAUGACAAUGGCGGCCAACCAAAGGCAAUCGCAAUCCGGUGGUACCCCACCCCUAGGGACAAGAUUGUCGCCAUACCCCUCCCCUCUACCCGAUAGAAAUAACCAUUUAUCUUUGAGUCCGGCAUUGAAAGAAAAUCGACGAAUGUCAGCUGUGACUCUUGGUGGAAAAAUAUUUACUACUGAGCUACUUUAAACACCAUAACGAACAGAGAUGGGCUUGGUCAUAAUUCUAUAGAUUCAUCAUUAGUAGAGAUGCUUUUGAGGCCUAGAAUUUGACUCUUGAUCAUAAAGCGCCCCAGCAUUAGGCCAAUGUUCGUGCACUAUUUCAGCUGUGCUCGCAAUGCAUACUUUGGGGUUCUCGAAUACUUGCUAUAAAAAUGGUACUCGAUCUAUUGUAAGGCGUUAGAACACGUGAAACUUUAAGAACCAAUUGCACCUUACUGGCGCAUAUAGGCUAGCUUCUUUUUGCACUAUAACUCAGGUUAAAUCUAGUGUCUGGAUGGCCACGGAAACGCGCUUCGCACCAUAACUCAGUUUUAAACUUGUGUCAGGGUGUUCACGGUAGCGCGCGUCUCACUAUAAGUCAGGUUUAAUAUAGGGGUCGUCCACGCUAACACGUAUUCAAAAGUAUCCGGACUCGUUUCGCCGAAAACGCAUCACUUGAUUCGAGUCCACACUAACACGGAUUCAAACGUUUGAAAACGCUGAAAGGUACGGGGUGAUGUCAUUUUUAUGAUAUGCGCAUGCUCAAAGCAGCGGACGCGCCGCACUAAUACGGAUUCAAACGUUUGAAAACGCUGAAAGGUACGGGGUGAUGUCAUUUUUAUGAUAUGCGCAUGCUCAAAGCAGCGGACGCGCCUGCAAUAUGACGUCAUCGGUUUCAUUUUGAUAUGGAUUUGACCGUCCACACACUACGGAUCAGUAUUGAUUCACUUUCAACGGCGUUUUCAAAAGUAUCCGGAUUCGCUGGAUCCAGCGUGCGUGCUAGUGUGGACGGGAGGCCUAAACGUGUCAAUACGGAUCCAAACGCAUCUGUGUGUCUGGAUGGCCACGGUAGCGCACGUCAAACUAUAACUCAGGUUAAAUCUAGUGUCUGGAUGGCCACAGUAGCGCGCGUCACACUAAAAUUCAGGUUUAUUCUAGUGUCUGGAUGGCCAUGGUAGCGCGAGUCACACUAUAACUCAAGUUUAAUCUAGUGUCUUGAUGGCCACGGUAGCGCGCGUCACACUAUAACUCAGGUUUAAUCUAGUGUCUGGGUGGCCACGGUAGCGCGCGUCACACUGUAACUCAGGUUAAAUCUAGUGUCUUGAUGGCCACGGUAGAGCGCGUCACACUAUAACUCAGGUUUAAUCUAGUGUCUGGCUGGCCACGGUUGCGCGCGUGACACUAUAACUCAGGUUUAAUCUAGUGUCUGGGUGGCCACGGUAGCGCGCGUCACACUAUAACUCAGAUUAAAUCUAGUGUCUGGGUGGCCACGGUAGCGCACGUCACACUAUAACUCAGGUUUAAUCUAGUGUCUUGAUGGCCACGGUAGCGCGCGUCACACUAUAACUCAGGUUUAAUCUAGUGUCUGGCUGGCCACGGUUGCGCGCGUGACACUAUAACUCAGGUUUAAUCUAGUGUCUGGCUGGCCACGGUAGCGCGCGUCACACUAUAACUCAGAUUAAAUCUAGUGUCUGGGUGGCCACGGUAGCGCAAGUCACACUGUAAGUCAGGUUUAAUCUAGUGUCUGGCUGGCCACGGUUGCGCGCGUGACACUAUAACUCAGGUUUAAUCUAGUGUCUGGGUGGCCACGGUAGCGCGCGUCACACUAUAACUCAGAUUAAAUCUAGUGUCUGGGUGGCCACGGUAGCGCACGUCACACUAUAACUCAGGUUUAAUCUAGUGUCUUGAUGGCCACGGUAGCGCGCGUCACACUAUAACUCAGGUUUAAUCUAGUGUCUUGAUGGCCACGGUAGCGCGCGUCACACUAUAACUCAGGUUUAAUCUAGUGUCUGGGUGGCCACGGUAGCGCGCGUCACACUAUAACUCAGGUUUAAUCUAGUGUCUGGCUGGCCACGGUUGCGCGCGUUACACUAUAACUCAGGUUUAAUCUAGUGUCUGGAUGGCCACGGUAGCGCGCGUGACACUAUAACUCAGGUUUAAUCUAGUGUCUGGGUGGCCACGGUAGCGCGCGUCACACUAUAACUCAGGUUUAAUCUAGUGUCUGGCUGGCCACGGUUGCGCGCGUGACACUAUAACUCAGGUUUAAUCUAGUGUCUGGGUGGCCACGGUAGCGCGCGUCACACUAUAACUCAGAUUAAAUCUAGUGUCUGGGUGGCCACGGUAGCGCAAGUCACACUGUAAGUCAGGUUUAAUCUAGUGUCUGGGUGGCCACGGUAGCGCGAGUCACACUGUAACUCAGGUUUAAUUUAGUGUCUUGAUGGCGACGAUAGCGCGCGUCACACUAUAACUUAGGUUUAAUCUAGUGUCUGGGUGGCCACGGUAGCGCGCGUCACACUGAAACUCAGAUUUAAUCUAGUGUCUGGGUGGCCACGGUAGCGCGCGUCACACUAUAACUCAGGUCUAAUCUAGUGUCUGGGUGGCCACGGUAGCGCGCGUCACACUAUAACUCAGGUUUAAUCUAGUGUCUGGAUGGCCACGGUAGCGCAAGUCACACUGUAACUCAGGUUUAAUCUAGUGUCUGGAUGGCCACGUUAUCGCGCGUCACACUAUAACUCAGGUUUAAUCUAGUGUCUGGGUGGCCACGGUAGCGCGCGUGACACUAUAACUCAGGUUUAAUCUAGUGUCUGGGUGGCCACGGUGUCGCAAGUCACACUGGAAGUCAGGUUAAAUCUAGUGUUUUGAUGGCCACGGUAGCGCGCGUCACACUAUAACUCAGGUUUAAUCUAGUGUCUUGAUGGCCACGAUAGCGCGCGUCACACUAUAACUCAGGUUUAAUCUAGUGUCUGGAUGGCCACGGUAGCGCGAGUCACACUAUAACUCAGGUUUAAUCUAGUGUCUGGGUGGCCACGGUAGCGCGCGUCACACUAUAACUCAGGUUUAAUCUAGUGUCUUGAUGGCCACGGUAGCGCGCGUCACACUGUUACUCGGGUUUAAUCUAGUGUCUGGGUGGCCACGGUAGCGCGAGUCACACUGUAACUCAGGUUAAAUCUAGUGUCUUGAUGGCCACGGUAGCGCGCGUCACACUAUAACUCAGGUUUAAUCUAGUGUCUUGAUGGCCACGGUAGCGCGCGUGACACUACAACUCAGGUUUAAUGUAGUGUCUGGAUGGCCACGGAAGCGCGAGUCACACUAUAACUUAGGUUUAAAAAUCUAGUGUCUGGGUGGCCACGGUAGCGCGAGUCACACUGUAACUCAGGUUUGAUCUAGUGUCUGGGUGGCCACGGUAGCGCGCGUCACACCAUAACUCAGGUUUAAUCUGGCGUCUGGGUGGCCACGGUAGCGCGAGUCGCACUGUAACUCAGGUUUAAUCUAGUGUCUUGAUGACCACGGUAGCGCGAAUCGCACUGUUACUCGGGUUGAGGUUGAGUAUAGUUCCUGCGGUGUAUGAUGGUGUUUCCUUUACUUGGAGAUAAGCCGCGAGAAAGGACUGGGUCCAGGACGAGCUCAUAUAUGGUUAUAAUUCUGCAUUCACAUCACGGGUGACCCAAGUUCAAAGAGUUUCAGCCAAUCGCGAAGCUACUUGAUAACAAUGCCCAAAAGCGAAUCCCCGCGUGGUUCGGGAAUUCGGAAUUGCGCUCGGAUUUGGUCGGAUUCGGGUCGUGAGAGUUCGUAUCUAGUCACCAGGCAGCCUCGUCCAGGGAGUCCAUUUUAAAUUGUGCCAGUUGUGAGGGCCAAGAAUAUAUUUAUUGC